AUGCAUGUUGUUGCAGCAAAUCUUUGUAAAUUCCUAUUUCCACUUUGCGCCCAGAAUUCUACCUCGCGGCUCAUCGAAAGACGCAUCGAGACUUGGGGCGACUACAACUGCCUAGAGCUGGCCGCCAACGCGAAUGCACGCAAGUUCCUCAGCUCGGUGGCCUGCCAGAACUCGCUAGACUUCACGUGGAGCAACGGAGUGCACGCCCAUCCCGGCUGGGUGGCUCUGGCCAUCAUCCUUCCCUUCUGCCUGCUUUCCAAGCGGAUCUUCAAAUUCCAGCUCAUCGAGCAGCCAAGUAAGCCAAGCCAGCAACUCGCACGCUUCACGCCAGGUUAG